GGGGAGCCGCGGGGCCGGGAGCGAGCUAGGCUGCGCCCCUACAUAACUGCUGCAGCCUGAGCCGCCGCUGACGUCUUUCGAAUUGGAGAUGGAGCUCGCGCGCCUGCUUAGCCGCCUGUGAGCUGCAGUAAGACAUUUUAGGAUGUCCAGAAAUGUGCAGCGACUUAGAGACCACGAUACAAAUCCAUGUCUAGCGGAAACAGAUGCCUCUAGACAAUGUAUGGAUGACAAUAACUACAGAAAGGAUAUGUGUGCCUCUUAUUUUUUAAAGUACAAAAACUGCAGAAAAUUUUGGCAUGCCAUUAUGAUACAAAGGAGGAGAGAUGAUGUGAAACCAAAUAUGCCUACAGCAGACGAGAGAGAGAAUAUAUUGAAGUCAAUAGGAGGAACACCAUACUGAUCACAUAAUCUUUAUUGUUUACUAUUUAAUAUUAUGUACAUAUGAAGAUUUGUCAGCUAGGCAUUAAAUUUUUUUAACCUUG